ACAACCCAACCCAUGAUUGCCAACUCCUUUUACCAUAAUAUUACACGUCUAUGUUGGCACGCACCCCACCUCCUUUAUAAAUCCAAAUCUUUCCACCAUUUAUUUCUCCCAAUCAUCUAAAUAAAUGCCCAUUAAUCAUGUCAUCACAUAAACGUUCCUCUUCAUCUCCGAUCACCGCCCAUCGCCGCACCCCCCUCCACCACUCCACAGCACCACCACCACCACCAGAACCACCACAUCUUCCCUCCAAACCCAACCUCACCACCACCCUCUACCACACUCACAUCGGUGUCUUCGCUGUCACUUGGUCCAGGACACUCUUUGGCCGUUCCCUCUACAUCCAUCUCCUCCCGUUCUCCACCGCUCCCACCACCUCCGAUGACGAUAUCACCACCACUUCCACUUCCACUUCCACCUCCACCUCCACCUCUUCCUUCCACCUUCAAAUUAAACCUUUCAUCUUCUGGAACAAAUAUGGCUCCAAAAAGAUCUCAAUCCCCUCAAACCCCAAUGAUAUCCUCCACAUCUACUACGAUCUCUCACGUGCCAAAUUCGGAUCGGGUCCCGAACCCAUUUCAGGAUUCUACAUAGCCGCCAUAUUCUCCGGCCAAAUGGCACUCCUCGUCGGAGACUCCACAAAACAUGCCUACUCCAAAGUCAAAUCCACAAACCCUGAUAAAACCCAGAUCACCAUUCUCCGACGAGAGCAUGUUUACGGCAUCGCCAACAAAAAAUACAACACCAAAGCGACUUUCCGGGGGAAAACUAGAGACAUAACCAUAGACUGUACACGAAUCGCCGGUGGUGACGACUCCAGAUUAUGCUUUUCUGUCGAUAACAAAAGGGUAUUGGUAGUAAAACAUUUGAAUUGGAAAUUCAGAGGGAACGAACGAGUAGAAAUGGAUGGAGUUCAUAUUCAAAUUUCGUGGGAUGUGUACAAUUGGCUAUUCGAAGAAGAAGUAGACGAUGGAUAUGCAUUGUUCAUGUUUAGAUUUGAAAAAUCUGGAUUCGAUUACCAUGAAGAUGACAAAUACUUGGCUCGAUUAAACGCAUCUGGAUCUGGUCUGAUGGGAUUCGGAUCAGGGUUGGGUUUUGGGCUCGAGAAAAGGAAGAUGAAGAAAGGGAUGUUGAGGACGGCGGCCGGAAGUUCAUCCUCGUCGUCGUUGUCGUCGGCGUCGUCGGGAUGUGGAUCGGUGAUGGAGUGGGAAAGUGUGGAGGAGAAUGAACUAAAAGGCCCUUCUGGUUUUUCGUUGCUUGUUUACGCUUGGAAAAGUUGAGCUCAUUCAUUUUAUUUUUAUUUUUUUUAAUUGGGAUUAUUUUUCAAAAUUGAGAUAUUUUUUUAUCUUGAUUUUGUUGGUUACCAUAAGGCUUGAUAGUUUUAUAAUAUGUUGCUAUCACAGCUAUGUGGAAUUCUUUUUUCUGUAUAAUUUUUCUGUGUUCGACUUUGUUGCUAAUUUGUCAAUAAAAAGUUGUAAAAGUAGAUACUUAGUUGAAAUAUAUGCAUGGAUUUUUUGUAUUUUUA